AUGCCGAACGCAGGCUGUCAAUGGCGCUGUUUGCUGGGCUUGUUCUGCCUGACGCAACUGUGGAUAGCUGGAGAAACUGGCUUCCUAGAGGACCAUUUUCCAGCCAGCGUGUUAGAGGAUGCCAAGUUGACAACGCUUCAAUUGUUGGCCAAGUACAAGUAUCCGGGAGAGAUGCAUACGGUGACCACCGCGGACAAAUACGUGCUACAAAUGCAUCGCAUCUCUAGACCAGGCGCUAAGCCGGUGCUGCUGAUGCACGGACUGCUUGACAGCUCAGCAACUUGGAUUAUGUUGGGUCCACAUAGUGGUCUGGGUUACUUUCUAUAUAAUGCUGGCUACGAUGUCUGGAUGGCGAAUGCCCGCGGCACUCGCUACUCUCGAAGCCACGUCAAGCUGAAUCCCAAUACGGACAAGGCCUACUGGAGCUUCUCGUGGCAUGAGAUAGGAUACUACGAUCUGCCUGCCCUUAUCGAUGCGGUCCUGGCCAAAACUGGCUACGAGAAGUUGAGCUACUUUGGCCAUUCCCAGGGCACUACAACCUUUUUUGUGAUGGCCUCUACUAGGCCGGAAUAUAAUGCCAAGAUCCAUGUGAUGAGUGCACUGGCGCCAGUGGCUUUCAUGGGUAAUAUGGAGUGCCCAUUGAAAAGGAUCGCUCCCAGCUUGCUCAAUGUCGUUGGAGAAGCACAAGAACUAUUAUCGCACUCAAAAAUAUCUAGCGGAUGCGUGAUGUCGGAAGCUUCAAUGCAAGCCUGCAUGCAAUACAUGGGGAGAGUUUUGGGAAAGAAUCCUGCUGAGUUUAAUAAGACUAUAAUGCCGGUAAUUAUGGGUCAUGCGCCUUCCGGCGCUAGUUCUACUCAGGUCCUGCAUUACUUACAACUGCACAAAUCAGAUCGAUUUUGCGAAUACGACCACGAUACGAAGGAAAACCAGCGUAUUUAUGGGCGGGCCCGGCCUCCGGAUUAUCCUUUAGAGAAAAUCACAGCUCCUGUUGCCUUGUAUUAUACCCAGAAUGAUUAUAUGUCUGCAGUAGUGGACGUCAAGCGGCUGAUCAAGCACCUGCCCAAUGUGGUCGAGGAUCACAUGUAUCCUUACAAGAAAUGGAAUCACAUUGACAUGAUCUGGGGCAUUAGCGCCAGGCGCCUGGCCCAGCCUCGCAUGCUGGAGGUAAUGCAGUUCUAUGAAGCAGGAGGACCACAGAAUGGAACACAAUUGCUCACCACCGAAAGUAGCGAAGAGACAACUAACAUGACGACGGAAAUGGUGGAGGUGGAGACUGAGACUGAGAUAGUUGGUCCAACUGAUGGCAUGUUCAUCUAG